AAUCAGCCCCAUUCAGAUUAUACAAAAUUCGGUUUGGGACCGGUUCGGGUUUUAUCGGGUUCGGAUCGGGGUUAGUAAAUUUUCAAAGAACCGGUACAACCCGGUGUACUUUCGGGUUUUGGGUUCCAACUGGUUCUUCGAUUUUAAAAUACUUAAUUUAUACCUAUUUUGUAACCAAAACAUAAGUAAAAUCGGUUCUUCGGGUUUAAAGUACUUGAUUUGUACCUAUUUUGUAACCAAAACAUAAGUAAAAUCGAUUCAGAAAUAAGAAAAAAACAACAAACAUGAUUAUUCAAAGUCAAACGAAAGGUAUACGUUGUUAUUGAUUGAAAGAAAACCAAUAAAUGAAAUCAUAAAACGAAAAAUUAAGUUCUCAUGAAAUGAAAAAAUUUAUUCAAUGAAAAUAAAACCAAAAUCUAAAAAUUUCAAGCCUCAACCGCCACUUUCAACCAUCAACCUUCAUGUAGUAGAUAGUUAUUGUAGAUGUUUAGUAAUAUCUUACUGUAUUUUGGCUACAUAGGAAUUGAGAUCAUGUUUGGUACAAGUUCUUUUUUGGCAUUUUGAAUGUUUCGUGUUCUAUCGGAUAUCCAUUUAAUUUCGGGUUCGGUUCGGAUAAUACCCAUAACCCGAAAUACCAUAAAACAAGAUCCAUUCGGUAUUUAUGUCGGGUUCGGAUCGGUUUGGAUUCAUUUUUAUCGGAUCGGAUUCGGUUCGGAUUUUUGGGUUCGAUUUAUUUGCCCAGCCCUACAUAUGUUUAUAACAUUUAAUGCACAACUAAUACUCCAAAUAUGAGUGGACUUUACCGAGCCACUCACCGACAAGUCUUUGGUUUUUCAUUAAUUAAUAAUUGUUACUUGAUGUCAAAAAGAAAUAAUUGUUACUCUCAAAAUAAUUUUUUUCCAAAGAUAGCAAAGGUUAUUCCUCUUACUGUGUCAACAAGAGAAUGUUUAUUGGGAGAUUCUUAAGUUGGAGUGCUUAGCGAAAUAUAAGAAAUCGUCUCUUAGCUUUAAUAAAAAAAAGUUAAAAAUUGGUUUUUAAAUAAGAGCCAAUUCUUAACUUUUUUGAUUAAAAAUUAAAAAAUGGUUUUUAUAUUUCGCUAAAAACCUAACCUAAGAACCUUCUAAUAAAUAUGCUCUUACGUUCUAACAGAAAAUCCAGACGAUUUUUUUUUUUUUGCUAAAAAAAUCCAAACGAAUUCAGAAAAAGUAAAUGAUCAGCAUCCUAAGAUUAUGGUUAUCGUUAUUAUCGUGUCUUUUUAAGAGUAGUAAUUCUAGGUGCGGUUUCCAUAAUCCUAAAAUUAUGAUUAGUUCUUCUUUUCUUUUUUUGUCAUUCAUCUAUUUUUGAAUCAAUUAAAUUAGGUGUAGAAAUAGCAAGACAUCUUUGAACAUGAAUACACAUGAUUAAAGAAGAUUUUUGAGAAGAUGCUAGAGAAAAUAGACGAAUUAAUUUGAUGUGCAUAUGAUUUAUACAAAGCUGGCUUCCUAAUUGGUUGUAAGCAAUAUUCUUUCGAUCUCUAGCUUAAAGCCUUAAACAUGUAUUUGAGGGCUGUGCAUUUGGUUUACAAAGUUGCGCUACCAAUCUGAUGUGCAUAUAGUUUUACCUACAUCUUUCCUAUUUUGAAACAAAAUUAUUCAUACUAAUAUUCACAUAAAUCGAAGAAAAUAGACGAAUGGUAGAUCUUAGCGCUUCGUAGGCAAUAAGCAACAUGGUCAGGUGGUAGUUGGUACCACUCGUUGGCGUGCAGACAACACAUCGUUUUUUCUUUCAAUAACCAAAAUAUUUUUACACAUGUAUCUAUACUUUUUUUCCUAAAACCCUUAAUUUAUAGGGGUACUUGGACUGUAAAUCAUCUAUAUUAAAUCAAGAAUGAUUCAGAGCAUUUUAUAGUUAAAAAAUAACAUAAAUGUAAAAGAGAAAGAGGCUUCAUUUGAAAACUUCUAAAAUACUCAUUAGAAUUUCAAAUGCUAUAUAUUUAUAUUUUUUUAACAACAAUAAAAACUAAACUAUGGUGUAUGACUUAUCGGCUUAGAUAGCCAAGCUGGAAGCGUAGCAUCGACAUAGAAUAUAGCAUAAAGGGAAUUCCUUGCACAGAUCGUGCAAACUUACCCACCAGUGAAUUGUGAGUUCUUAUAUGUCAUAUUUUGAAGAUGAAAAAAAGUCUUGCUGCGUCAGAACUCUUCCAAAUGUAUAGCAAAAACUAGAUAUUUAUAUUUUAUUUAGUAACUAGGUGAUUUUCAUGUGCUCAUGCACGGAUAUAAAUAUUAUAUACUACAAUAAUUUAUUAAUAUUUUAUUUUUUAGUUAUUCUAUUAUUUAUAUUGUAAUCAAUAUGAAUGGUUUUAAAUAACAUUAUGUUAUUUUAAUUAGACAUAUAAUUUUGGAUAUGUAAUAUCUCGACUAUUUGGUUUUUAUUUGGAUAUAUUAGAUAACAUUUAAUUUUCUGAUUCGAGUAUAAUAUUUUUGUUGUACAACUUAAAAUUUUGAUUAAUUUUGUUAUUUUGAUGUAGUUUGUUUCUUGUCUUAGAUUUGUAAACAUAUUUUAGUAAAAUUAUGUAUAAUUUAUUAUAUGUUAUUUUGAGAAUUAAAUAGUAAAAGUAAACUAAAUUGUUGACGAUUCAAAGUUACAUAAAUAAAUAUAACAAUGACAGUCCUUUGAAACCUUAUGCAUAUAUAUAUAAGUUAGAAAAAUACUUAAUUGUAAUAGUUGGUUAAUAUAUUUAUAAUAUUAUUUAAAAAUUCCAUAUUUAUUUUUAAUAUGUUGAACCGUUCUAUAAUUUAUAUGUAUAAAAAUAGUACUAUAAAUAGAAAUAUAUUAUUUUUAAUUUAAUAUUUGAAUUUGUAUAAAAAAUUGAAUUGGUCUAGUUACUCAUUUUGUUGGGUUGUGCUACAUAUAUUUUGUCAAAUUAAAGUAUAACUAUUUAUAUUCAUUGUAUUAGUUUGGUUGUUCAUCUUAGAUGAGUAAAUAUAUUUUGAUUUUAUAGUAAUUUAGUAUAUGUUAAUUUGGAAAAAAUAAAAUUAUAAAAAUAAAGUGAUAUAAAAUGAAACUUAAAUAAGAAAAGAAAGAUUAAAUUAAUUUUAUUCAUUAAAGAUAUCUUAAUUUAUGUUAUUUAAAUUAUUUUGUAAUAAUUUGAGAAAUAGAUUGGUUUAAAUAAAAUGCUUAAUACUUUUAAAAUAUAUAUUAUGUUGUUUAAGCUUAUCUUUUAAAAAGGAAGAUUAUUUCUUUAGUUUAAAAUCAUGAUUAUUUUGUGAACUUUCCUUAUUAUGAAUUACACAUAUAUAUAAAAGAUAUUUUCGUUUUUAAAUUUAUAAAUUUUCUUUAUUAUAUUGGUUAUUUUAUAAAAUAAAGAAAAAGUAAACCUAAAUAAAAAAGAAAAAAAUAGAAUAAAUAUUUGAUAAUGAUAAUUAUAUAUAUUUGAUUCAUUAAGGAUAUCAUCGUAAUCUACCACCGUGAAAGUUAACGUUAGCGUGAUACGACACAUAAGAAACUGAUUUUUCAAAUAAUAUUAUAGAGAUUCUAUUUCAAAUUAAAAUUUAAUUAUAUAUAAAUUUAUUUUAAGAUAUUCAUACUUUUAUUUGACCAAAAAAGAUAUUCAUACUUUUAUUUGAGAUAUUUUUGAGCGUCUUAUCAAUAAAAGGUUAAAAGUACUCUUCUAGAUUGAAAUUUCAAAAUUAUAGAUGGAAUAUACUUAUACGAUAGCAUGGGAAGGAGAGAAGAGACAAUAAAUACCAUAGAAUGCGUAGAGAGGACGUGCAAAAAGCAGAGAGUUGAAGAUAACAGAAAGAAAAGAAGAAUCUCUCUCACAGAGAACUUAAGAACCCUAAUAAUUUAUAGCAUCAAAAUGGUACAUUCGAAGAAAUUCCGAGGUGUCCGCCAGCGUCAGUGGGGUUCUUGGGUCUCUGAGAUUCGUCAUCCUCUCUUUAAGAGAAGGGUGUGGCUAGGAACAUUCAACACGGCGGAGGAAGCGGCUAAAGCCUACGACCAAGCAGCGGUUAUAAUGAAUGGCCAUAACGCGAAGACCAACUUUCCCGUCAUCAAAUCCAACGACUCAGAUUCUUCAGACAUCAACUCUCUCUCAAGGUCGCCUAAAUGGUUAUCAGAACACCUCAACGCUAAGCUAAGGAAAAACUGUAAAGACCAGACACCAUAUCUGACAUGUCUCCGCCUCGAUAACGACAGCUCACACAUCGGCGUCUGGCAGAAACGCGCCGGGUCAAAAACAACUCAAAACUGGGUCAAGCUUGUUGAACUUAGCGACGGCGUUAACGCACGGGCCGGUGAUGUUGGGAUUAAUAAGAUGAAGAAAAAAAUCGACGACGUUGAGGAAGAAGAUCAGGUGGCAAUGCAGAUGAUCGAGGAGCUUCUCAACUGGACUUGUCCUGCUUCUGCAUCCAUUUCAGGUCUUCACUAGAUAUAUUAUUAUAAAGUUAGUUAUAAUUAAUUUAUGGAGCUUUGAAAAAAUACGGAGCUUUAGUCAAAUACAUUUCGAAUAUAUAUAUGAUAAUCUAUAGGCCAUAUAAGCGCACAUAUACGUAAAUACCUUUUCAAAUGUAUACAACUGAUGCCAAAAAAAAUGUAUACAACUUUGUCUGCAUGUAUUAUGUAUACUACGUUAUAAAUAGUA